AAAGCUUUUGUCUUUUGUGCAGACAUAUGCAGGCUCUAUAGCAGUGCAAGAUGUUCAACAAAUCUUUUGGUGCUCCCUUUGGGGGAGGGACAGGAGGAUUUGGGACUACUUCAACAUUUGGGCAACAAAAUACUGGAUUUGGAGCAACAGGAGGCUUUGGAUCUUCAGCAUUUGGGGCAACAAACAACACAGGGGGACUGUUCGGGACCACCCAGAACAAACCUGGUGGCCUAUUUGGCCCGAGCACCUUCAGUCAGCCUGUCACAUCCUCCACCAGUAGUGGGUUUGGGUUUGGUGCUACCAGUGGCACAUCAAACAGCCUUUUUGGAAGCACCAACACUGGAGGUGGAGGAUUGUUUUCCCAGCAGAAUAAUGCCUUUGGUGCCAACAAACCAGCCAAUUUUGGCACUUUUGGUACCAGCACCAGUAGCGGUGGAUUAUUCGGGACAACCAACACAACAUCCAACCCUUUUGGAGGAACAUCAGGCUCUUUGUUCGGGUCAUCAAGUUUCACUGCUGCUCCCCCUGGCACAACAAUCAAAUUCAAUCCACCAACUGGGAGUGACACAAUGGUAAAAGGAGGUGUGACAACCAGCAUCAACACCAAACACCAGUGUAUCACUGCCAUGAAGGAAUACGAGAGCAAAUCCCUAGAGGAAUUAAGGUUUGAGGAUUACCAGGCAGGAAGGAAGGGUCCUUCCAACCCCAUGGCAGCUGGCACGGGUGGCCUCUUUGGUGCAACAGCCACAGCUACUCCCAGUACUGGCACUGGACUCUUUGGAUCCUCAACUCCAAACACUGGCUUCAGCUUCGGCCAGAACAAGACCUCAUUUGGCACAAGCACCGGGGCCUUUGGUACAACUACAGGAAGUUUGUUUGGCCAGCCGCAACAGCAACAACAACAACAACAACAGCAACAACAACAACAGCAAGGUUCCAGUCUCUUCAAACCAUUUGGCUCAGCUACCACCACCCAAAACAACACUUUCUCCUUUGGCAACAGCAGCAGCAUGGGGCUGUUUGGCAACACUGCUGCCUCUCAGGCUGGAGGACUGUUUGGAAACACUAACACAAGUACGGCCACAGGCUUCGGCACAGGAAUGUUCGGCCAAACGAACACUGGCUUUGGGAAUGUGGGAACACAGAAUCUUUUUGGUAAUAAGCCUGCUGGAUUUGGCGCCACCACAACUAGCGCACCCUCCUUUGGAACAGGCACUGGUCUGUUUGCAAAUAAGCCUACGCUUACUCUAGGGACUAACACAAACGCCUCAACCUUUGGAUUUGGUGCAACUGGUACUGGUGUGGGUCUCUUUGGGAGCAAAACUGCUACGACAGGCCUGGGAACAGGACUGGGAACUGGCUUUGGAGGAGCUGUAGGAACUGGCCAGAUGUCAUUGUUUGGGAACAACCAGAACAAGCUGGGCUCCACCCUAGGCUCAGUGGGCACCUUCGGGACUGGAGGCUUCAACACUGGAGCCAACACUUUGACUUUUGGUGCUCCUCAACAGCCUGUGGCUCUGACUGACCCUAAUGCAUCAGCUGCACAGCAGGCUGUCCUCCAACAGCAGAUCAAUGCAUUGGCCUACUCUCCUUUUGGAGACUCACCCCUCUUCAGAAAUCCACUGUCAGACCCAAAGAAGAAGGAAGAGCGUCUGAAGCCCACAAAUCCAGCUGCCCAGAAAGCCCUGACUACCCCUACUCAGUACAAACUGACCCCUCGUCCUGCCACCCGUGUUCGUCCCAAAGCUCUGUCCUCCUCAGGCUCCUCCAAAUCUCAGCUCUUUGAUGGACUUGAUGAUGAUGAACCCUCUCUUAACAAUGGAGCCUUCAUGCCUAGGAAGAGCAUAAAGAAGCUUGUUUUGAAGAAUCUGAAUAACAGCAGUCUGUAUAACAGCUCUGUGAACAGAGAGGCUGAUGACUUGGCCUCUCCUUCAGAAUACCCACAAAACGGACUCAGUCUGAGUAUGGAUGAAGGAGAGACCAGAGAAGUAACUGUGGAGAGAAGUGGGGAGGAUGAUCUGGAGGUCUCCAAGUUCUACACAAACCCGAUCACCAAACCAAUUCCACACGCCCAGCCGAGCCCCUUGCUACAGGACACAAUCUCUGAGUUCAACAUGCGGGGAUCUGCCAGUCAUCGCAAUGGCCUGGAGGCCAGCAGCGAGGACAUCUCUCUAGCAGAGGAUUCCAUUCAGGAGGAGAGAGAUGAGGAGCUGGUGGCUCUGAAACCUCCUCACCCAGCUGGUAUUGCGUCGGGCUCGUCAUGGGGCUAUGGAUCAGUUUUCUUCUCUGGUGAAGUGAAUCUUACCAACAUGAACCUGGAUGAGAUUGUGCACUUCAGGCGUAAGGAGAUAAUUGUGUACCCUGAUGACAAAGACAAGCCUCCUGCUGGAGAGGGACUAAACGGACGUGCUGAGGUGACUCUAGAUGGUGUGUGGCCCAAUGACAAGACAACAUGCUCUCAGAUUAAGAGUCUAGAGAGGCUGACUGAGAUGAACUACGAGGGCCGGCUUGAGGCAGCCUCGCGUAAACAGGGUGCCCGCUUCUUGGAAUACCGACCUGAAACUGGCUCCUGGGUCUUUGAGGUGGCCCACUUCUCAAAGUAUGGACUCCAGGAAUCUGAUGAAGAAGAUGAAGUCCCCCCGGCAAAGCUUGAUCUGAAGAAGCUGAAGACGGGUGUUCCACCUGGGAUCCCACAGCUUCCGCUGACCCAGCAGCAGAUGGCGCCACAGGCUCAGAGUACAGCAGUUCUUGAGCUGCUCAGCCGUGUGUCGGAGUUGGACAGUGACAUGGCUGACAUUACUCAAGAACACCCGGCAGACAGUGUUUUGGGUGAGGAGGAUGGAGAGAGAACUUUGGAGGAGAAGCUGAGAUCUGAGACUCCUGCUGAGCACGAGCCAGUGUCUGCAUCGAGUCAGAUUGCUUCCUCAAUGGGCAUCAACCCUCAUACCUUACAGAUCAUGAAGGCCUCUCUCUUUGCAGAUGAUGAUGAAUGUGACUUGUUUCAAGAGCAUGGUUCUUCAAAGCUCAUACAGGAUGUGGCUUCCCCCAAAGUCUUGCUUUCUGGAGCUGGUCGGCAAUCAAUUGGAGCCCUUUUACAAACCAAAUUCACCUCAGGAGGAGGACUUUUUUCCCAGUUUCCAGAGGCUCCUUUUAGUGGAAUACCUCAGAAGCUUAGCAAGUCACUAGCAUCAGAAUCUCCAUGGCCAUCAUUGGGUCCUUCCUUCCUGUUGCCGGCCCCUCCUCCAGAACCUACUCUUCGAACUGUAGGGGCCCGCAGGCUAGGUGGGCCAGUCCCUCUGGAGAGCUCCAUAACUCUAGGAAAAGGCCAUCUGCUGAUGGAUGCUGCUUUGUUCAGAGGGCGAUCUUUCAGAGUGGGCUGGGGUCCCAACUGGACACUGGUGCACUGUGGAGAUCAACUUAGUGUCACAGAGGCAAUUAAGGAGCAGUCGGCAGAGAUCAUGGGAUUUGGUUUCUUACCCAAACCUACCAAAAGCAAACCGAUCACUGAAAGUCCAUUUAAAGUGCGUAUGGAGCAGGUGGUCGGCCUGGAGCCCAAACAGUCAACAGAGAGCCUUGCUCUGUAUCACAGACCACUGGAGAUCGGUCUAAAGCACAGCACAAUCAACACAGAGGACUACUGUCCCUUCAUCCAGCCAGCAAAAGGAGUGGAUGCUCUGCAUGGUUAUGCAGAGUGGAUUAUGGAAGUCAACAAAGAUAUAGGAGGAGGGGAUGCUUGUCUGGCCCAUUGGCGCCAAGUUUGGACCUUGUGUGCUGCUCUUUGGUGUCGUCUUGGUGACCGGGAUGUGGAGACUGAGCAAUACUCCGAUUACCAGCAGCAGCUUGAGAGGCGGAGGAGUUUCUCGCACUGGCUCUCUGAGUGUGCGGCUGAAUGCAUUGAGGAGGAGGUGGGCCGAGCCCUUCAGCGCAGCAAUGCUGAGGCCAUAUUCCGUUACCUUACCGGCCACUGCAUAAGCAAGGCCUGCAAAUUGUCCCAGAAGAGUGGGGACCAUCGUCUUGCUCUGUUACUGUCUCAGGCUGUUGGCUCUAAGUUUUGUAGAGAUCUAUUGGCUCUGCAGCUCAGUGACUGGAACAGCAUGCAGACGGACUCCUUCAUAGAGGAGGACAGGCUGCGAAUAUUUGCUUUGCUUGCAGGAAAACCAGUGUGGCAGUCAACAGACAGUUGUAUAAACGUGUGCUCCGAGCUUGAUUGGAAGCGGUGUGUUGCUGUCCAUCUCUGGUACAUGCUGCCUCCCACUGCAUCUGUAGCUGAUGCACUCGCCAAAUAUGAAUCUGCGUUUCAGGGUUCAGAGGAAGUGAAAAGGUAUGCUUGCCCUCCUUUACCUCCUUACGUAGAUGAACUCGAGUUGUUGGGUUUGGAUGAAGAGAUGGAUGAGACUGAAUCCAAAAAGCCACUCUAUGACAUCUGCUUCCACCUGCUCAAACUUUACAGUGACAGGCACUAUAGCCUACAACAGCUACUUGAUCACAGCACAGUAACUGCUGAUCAUCUGGACUACCGGCUGAGCUGGCACCUGUGGAACGUAUUGCAGGCUCUUAACUACAACCACCUGUCCACCUCAUGCCAGGGCUUGCUGCAUGCCAGCUAUGCUGCCCAGCUGGAGAGUGCGGGAUUAUGGGAGAUGGCAAUCUUCGUGCUGCUGCACAUACCUGACUCUGGGCUUAGAGAGAGUGCAGUGAGAGAGAUGCUCAACUUGCAUUGCUCCCUUGAGGAAACGGAAGAAUCAAUGGAGAAAGAGCAGUUUCUCACGGAAAAGUUGCUGAUCCCCAUCCAGUGGAUCCAUCAGGCCAAGGCCAUCCGUGCUUGUAGAGGGGGAGACAAACGUAGUGAGGCUUUGCACCUUUACAAGGCCGGCCAUUGGAAUCACUGCCAUCGGCUUGUCAUCCAGCACUUGGCCUCAGACUGCAUCAUUAACGAUAAUCAUAAGUACCUUCUGGAAUUCCUAGAGGGGUUAGCAGUGCCAGAGCGCAGUGUUAAGAUUCAGGACUGGGACACGUCUGGACGAGUCUACCUUGAUUACAUCCAUGUCAUUCAGACGCUGCAGGACAUCCAACAGAUGGAAAGCCCAGGUUAUGAGCUGGAGCGACUGCAUACAGAGGUGACGUCUCUCUGCAGUAGAAUAGAGCGCCUCCCCUGCUCCAAAGCUAAAGACCGACUUGCACAAUCAGAGAUGGCCAAACGUGUGGCUAACAUCCUUCGGGUGGUCUUGAGUCUCCAGCAAGGUGGUGAAGGCACCCCAGAUCCCCGACACAUCCCUCUUUGCCAGCUUGCUCCACACAUUGGACGUCUACCCAUGCCGGAGGACUAUGCUUUAGAGGAACUCCGCAGCCUUACUCAGUCGUACCUGCAAGAGUAUGUUAUCGGUCACUGAAUAUCAAGAUAAAAGUUUCUCAAUCAGUUCUGCAGAAAUAACAUGAGUCUUGAUUGGGUUAACCUUCAGCACUCCAAUUAUAUGGCUGUUUCAGGCCGUGGUUGAACUUUCGAUGCAUAUUUAGGCACAAUACUUGUGAAUAAAGCAUUCCCUUGUGUGUUUGUGUAGGAGCUUUUUCCCCCUUUCAAUCCUGUAUUGUAGUUAUAGAAAUGAAUGCGUCUUGAAUAAAGUAUCUCUUU